AGUUGCGUUACCUCUGAAAUACGUCAGUCCAUGUGAACCCGCCAGGAGCUGAAGUGAGUUCCAGCUGUUUUCUGAAGUUCUGCUGGAGCGGUGGACAACUGUCACUGUUUGUGUUUACUAACUCUACACAAACACAGACUUGUACCAGCAGACAUGGCGCUGACCGACGCUGACGUGCAGAAACAGAUCAAACACAUGAUGGGCUUUAUUGAACAGGAGGCCAUCGAGUCAGUUGAGGAAAUUCAUGGCAAGGCGGAGGAGGAGUACAACAUCGAGAAAGGUCGUCUGAUUCAGACUCAGAGGGUGAAGAUCAUGGGUCACUACGAGAAGAAGGACAAGCAGAUUGAACAGCAGAAGAAAAUCCAGAUGUCCAACCUGCUGAACCAGGGGAGGCUGAAGGUGCUGAAGGCCCGAGACGACUUGAUCGUGGAUUUGCUGAAAGAGGCUCGUCAGAGACUUGGAGAGAUCGCCAAGGACCCUGUGGCGUACUGCACCCUGCUGGAGGGCCUCAUACUGCAGGGAUUCUACCAGCUGCUGGAGCCAACGGUCACCAUUCGCUGUCGACAGCAGGAUGUAGAAAUCGUUAAGGCUGCAGUGAUUAAGACCAUACCCAUCUACAAAGAGGCAGUGAAGAAGAACAUUGCCGUCAGAAUCGACCAGGAACGUUUUCUUUCAUCAGGAAUCUGUGGAGGAGUAGAAGUGUAUAAUGAUAAUGGGAAGAUCAAGGUUGCCAACACUUUGGAGAGCAGGCUAGAGCUUAUGGCUCAUCAGAUGAUGCCUGAAGUCAGAAUGAACUUGUUCGGCGCCAACCCCAACCGCAAGUUCACAGAUUAGCGUUUGGAUUUGAAGAGGGAGCAGUGCGGACACAGAUGGAAUAUUUAAGGUGACCACAGCACAACCACCUGCCGGUCACCAGGGUCAGAGAAAAGCCAGAUUUACUUAACAGGAUGCUUCUAUUUUACUUAUGGGUCGUACAACGGACUGCUUGCAACGGCUUUGAAAAUAUAUAUAUUCCCUUGGUUGUUCGGGGUACAUUUUUGCUCUUUCUAAGUUAUUAAAUUGAUAAAAUCAACGUGUUUAUGUCACAAAAGAUACACGUGUUCCUCAAACAGACUUACUCUACAUUAUCUGUAGAUCAAACAGUAUUUGAAAUAGUUUGACUUAGUGUGUGCUUGUACGUGUGUAGCAUAGGCCCCAAUAUGAAGCUGCAUGAUUUGAAGCCAGACCAUCUUGAGCACCUCCUGUUGGCUGGUGACACUAUAGGUCAUAAACUCCAUCUUCUCCAUGUUAGCGGAUGGGACGUGGAAUUAACUGAAAGGUCACACGUUCAAUUAUUUUCUUCAUUUUUUUCAAAGAUAGUUUCUGUCAUUUUAGGUAGUAUCACACUGACUGUUUGUCCAAGUGUUCAUUUUUGCGUUAAGUUCGUAUCAAUUAGUAAUUUGAUGGUAUAAAAACGGGUAGAACAUGAUUGACAGCACCUGUAUUUGAGAUAUUUUGACCUUUUGUUGUUUUGCACAAUGGGAGGAAGUCCUCGUAUACAGUUUAUGUCCGGGAUUUGCAAGGGGGGGGAAUAUAUUGUCUUCAUGUUUGUGUGAGUGGACACACGUCGUCCAUCUCUUUAUACAAUCUGUGGCGUGUGGACACAGACGAGAUGUUUUCAAGUGUUGUGGAGCGCAAAAAAACUACCAAAGAAAUAAAGUCACGUGACACAUAGAAACCA